GGCCACUAUACGCUGCUGAAGCAGCUGACCGAAGCUUUCCAAGCAACAAAGAUACAGUUCAAAUUCUGGACGUGGCAGCAGGUAGGGGGGAAGUAGCUGAAGAGUUGGUCAAGAAAGGUUUCAAACAACUUGACGCUUUGGAUCCCAGUGAAAACAUGUUACGUAAUGCACGGGCAAAAAACAUCUACCAGAAGUUUUACUGCGAGUUUCUGUCUAAAGAGCCUUCUCCAAACAUCAGUAACGGUACAUACCCAUGUGUUGUUUGUUCGGGAUGGUUCGGAAGUGGUCAUAUACCUUCAGGUGCACUGCUAGAACUGAUCAGAAUCACAAAACCAGGUGGAAUGAUAUUUAUCGUGAUGAGGGAAGAAUACUUAGAUAUAGAAGAGUACCGUGACAACCUGGAACCUCUGAUGGAGAAAUACCAGAGGGACGGACUGUGGGUGUGUGUAGAGAGGUCUAUCGUCCACAAGUAUUUCUGUGACAAAAUAGGAGUCAUCUUUCGCUUCCAAGUCCGACACAAUUCUAAGUGAAGACUAGCACCAGGAAUGG